CGAUGGCGCUGAAACAGGAGAGUCAAGAACUGAAUGAAACGGAAGAGAAAGAUCAAAACGAAAAACAUAAUGAUUUCAAAACUGAAGAGGAAUCGAUUAGUUGCUCACAGAAUGAAAAGACCUCCUCACCAAAAAAAGCUGAAAAAACACAAAACCUUCAUUCCCAAAUGAGAAUUCACACUGGAGAGAGCUCUUUCACCUGCCAACAGUGUGGAGAGAUUUUCAAUCAAAAAGAAAGCCUUAAAGUCCACAUGAAAAUUCACACUGAAAAUAAACCGUUAAUAUGCCCUCGGUGUGGAAAAUGUUUUACACGGAAAAAAAACCUUAGGACACACAUGAGAAUUCACACUGAAGUGAGACCUUACACCUGUGAACAGUGUGGAAAGAGUUUUAUACUGAAAAGUCACCUUAAAGCCCACAUGAGUAUUCACACUGGAGAGAGACCUUACACCUGCCCUCAGUGUGGGAAGAGUUUCUCACGAAAUGGAGGACUUACGACUCACAUGAGAGUUCACACUGAAAAGAAGCCAUUAAUAUGCUCUCAGUGUGGAAAGUGUUUUACACAGAAAAGAACCCUUGAUGCCCACAUGAGAGUUCACACUGGAGAGAAGCCAUUCACCUGCCCUCAGUGUGGAAAGAGUUUCAGGCUCAAAGAAAGCCUAAAGACUCACAUAAGAAGUCACACUGGAGAGAAGCCAUUCAUAUGUGCUCAGUGUGGAAAGAGUUUCAGAUAUAAAGAAAACCUUAAUUAUCACAUCAGUAUUCACUCAAGAGAGAAGAGUUUUAAAUGUCAUCAGUGCGAAAGGAGUUUCACAGACACGAAUCACCUUCAGGAUCACGUUAAAAUUCACAUCGGAGAAAAGUCUCUCAUGUGCCAUCACUGUGGAAAGAGUUGCUCAAAAGAAGACAAACUCAAGGUUCACAUUAGAGUUCACACUGGAGAGAAACCUUUCACCUGCGAACAAUGUGGAAAGUGUUUCAGGGUUAAAGAAUACCUUAAGAUUCACAAGGUAGUUCACACUGGAGAGAAGCCUUACAAAUGUCCUCAGUGUGAGAAGAGAUUCACAUGUCCAAGCAGCAUGAAACGCCAUUUGAAAACUCACUCUGGGAAGAAAUAGCCGUUUUCUUCAGUGUGACGAGGUUUUGAAAAAGGAGUAAUUUCUACAAUCAUCUGCACAUUCGUUUUGGAAGUCAUUAAAUUUUAGUCAGUGUAGUGGGACCCACCUAGACACUAGAGGGCGCUCCAGUUCAGUUAAGGAGAUAGAUAAACGUGUACAGCGGAAAAUAAAAAUAUAUGGAUGUUAAGUA